AUGGGAGGCACACAGACUUGGUUGUGUGCCCCUCCUUACGUUUCGUCGAAUAAACCUGCACCUAAGAGGAGUUAUCCAUUUCAAAGACCUUCUAACCAGCCCUUUUCCGGGGGCUCCAGACUGGCACACAACCAAAGAGAAUUUUUCGGCUCACAACAACAUCCGCGCCAGCAUCACAGUCAGCAACCUAGAAUUAAGAAGGAGCCGAAAGGGAAAUCUGAGGAUUUUCCCCGAAAAGCGGGUUUUCGAGACAGGUGGGAAGAGCUCGGGGCUCCCCCAUACAUUCUGAGGCUUAUUUCGGGAACCAGAAUCCCUCUCGUCUCGAGACCCCCUCUCUUCGGCAACUGGCAACAAUCUCGCUUCAUAACAAGGUUUUCACCGGAGAUGUCCAAACAAAUAGAUCUUCUAAAGCUUCAGAGGGUUUUGGAACCUCCAAAAAGAGAAGGCCCGAGUUUCAUAUCAAGAAUUUUUCUAGUGACCAAGAGCAACGGCGACCCUUGCCCCAUUUUCGACUUGAGAGGGUUAAACAUUCACGUUCAAACCCAAAAAUUUCGUUUAAUCUCCCAUCAUCAAAUUCCAGAGUUUCUUCAGAACGGCGACUUUAUGACCAGAAUCGAUAUCUUCCAGGCAUACUUCCAUGUACCAAUAGCAGAAUCACACAGGCAGCUCCUUCGCUUGGUCUACAACGGGGAGCUGCUUCAGAUGACGAGCUUGCCCUUCAGCCUCUCAUCUGCACCUCACACCUUCGCGAUGAUAUCGAAUUGGGUCGCAGAGACAAUUCGAUCGCUGGGUGUGAGACUGAUCGUUUAUCUGGACGACUUCCUCCUGGCCUGCCAGAAUCGCUCCAAGUUAAUGGUCCCGACAGAGGAAACUGUGAAGCUCCUGACUCACCUCGGCUGGGUAGUCAACCUGGAGAAAUGCGACCUGACCCCGAACCAGAGAAUGGAUUUCUUGGGAUUCACGUGGGACAGUAAACAGAACUAA